UGUCCCGGAAAGGGGGCGGGGCCUCAAGAUGGCGGAGAGCGGGAAGGGCCGGGGGGGGAAUCCGGGAACGGGGAAAGGGCUGAGCCCUGAACAGGUGGUGUCCCGCUUUAACCGGCUCCGGCAGGACCAGCGGGGUUUGGCCUCCAAAGCGGCCGAGCUGGAGCUGGAGCUCAACGAGCACAGUCUGGUCAUCGAGACCCUGCGGGAGGUGGAUCCCACUCGGAAGUGCUUCCGCAUGGUCGGGGGGGUCCUGGUGGAGAGGACGGUCAAGGAGGUGCUGCCGGCCCUGGAGAGCAACAAGGAGCAGAUUUCCAAGCUGAUCGAGGCCCUGGCCCAGCAGCUCCAGGCCAAGGGCCGGGAACUCAACGAGUUCCGGGAGCGGCACAACAUCCGCCUGGUGGGGGAGGAGGAGCCCAAAGGGCCCCCCCGGGACGGCCCCGAGGGGGGCAAGGGGGGCUCCACAGGGGUCCUGGUCUCCUGA